AUGGCAUUCAGCCAUUUGAUCCUUUUACUCUCUUUCUUCAAUUUUAUUGUGAAAAUUGAAGCUACCCAUUACAAAACCUUGAUGGUUGAUAAAAAUGCUUCGCCAGAUGAGAUUGACGAUGCAUUUUAUGAAGGGAAAGAGAAAAAUCGGAAUGCCAAACAGAGCGAUAAAGCUUUCAUUGAAAAUUUGGAAAAAUUGUCUGAAGCUUAUUCUGUUCUGAGUGAUAAAACAAAGAGGGAAGAAUAUGAUAAUGAACUUGCUAAAAAUAAAGGAAAAUCUAAGGUUGGAGAAAGUUCAAAUGCUGGAAUGCAAAAAGCCGAAGAGACACAAGGUUUAUUAAAUGUUGCGAUCCUUCACCAAUUUGGUGGAGGUUCGCAUCGUUUAAUUGAUAAAAUAAUCAUAUCACAGGGUCAUUUUUUGGCAAUGGAUUACGUGGAUUUGUCUCAGGAAUCCGCAAUCGAUUUUCAUUUGGUGGAUCAGGAUCAUCGUCUGACACAAAUUCACCAGUUGGCUCAGAAUUCCCAACUGGAGAGAAUAAACAAGGUAUGUAAAACUCUAAUAAACGGUUAG